AUGGCCGCUGCUAUCAAGGCAAUCAAUGCCAAGAUCCGCUCCAACAAGGUUGCGGACUAUGUCUGCUCCACCCACUUCUGGGGCCCCGUCUCCAACUUCGGUAUUCCUUUCGCCGCUGUGAUGGAUACUCAGAAAGACCCUGAGAUUAUCUCCGGUACCAUGACUGGCGCUUUACUCGUCUACGCUGCUACUUUCAUGCGCUACUCCCUCGCUAUCACCCCCAAGAACUACCUUCUCUUCGCCUGUCACUUGACCAACUUUGGCGCUCAGACUACCCAGGGAUACCGGUACCUGGCUUACUGGAACUGGGGAGGCCGAGAAGCUAAGCUCGCCGAGCAGGCUAAGCAGGGCAAGGCUGUUGCUGAGGGUGGUCACGCGUAA